AUGCUGAAUGUCUCUCCAUCCAUUUUGAGAGUUUCUAACUUGAAGAGGCUUCGAACUGCGAUAGAUAGGAGAGGACUACAAUACCUUUUCACUCAUCUUCCAAAAUAUUUUGCUAUGCUGAUAACUUUAUCUGUUGGCGCCGAGGUUGACUGGAUCGAUUGUCCAGACAAUGCGAAACAAGGAACUCCCGAGCUUAGUGAAUAUGUCUACAACCAUCUGAAGCAAGUUAAAAUUUGUAGCACCUCGAACGAGAUUGAGUUUGCUAUUUAUUUGCUGAAACAUGCUAUUGUCCUUGAGGAGAUGGUCAUUACGCAGGAGAAUACUUUUAUUGGAAGAGGGCAGGUGUGGGAUGAAGUAAAAUGUCAAAAGAUUUUCCAAAAUAUGUGUGAUCGACUGCCAGGAUUCUCCGGAAGUGUAGAGUUGCUCAUCGAAUGA